CGUGUUGGAAGCGCGACCUCGCCGCGGCGCUGUAACAGUUAAGCGCAGAUAAACCCGGACUGAUAAACCCGGACUCUCUCACUUUAAACUAAGCAGUUCCGGGCCGACAGGAAAGCUGCCUUUGCUGGUGGAAGCGGAUGUUUGGAAAUGCCGAAGUUUUACUGUGAUUACUGUGAUACGUAUCUAACGCAUGACUCGCCGUCUGUCAGAAAGACUCACUGCAGCGGUCGCAAACACAAGGAGAAUGUGAAGGACUACUACCAGAAAUGGAUGGAGGAGCAAGCGCAGAGCCUCAUUGACAAAACAACUGCUGCCUUCCAGCAGGGCAAGAUCCCGCCGUCUCCCUUCCCCGGAGCUCCACCCCCUGGUGGCGCUAUGAUCCCACCACCUCCAAACAUGAACGGCCCUCCUCGCCCUGGGAUGAUGCAGGCGCCCCCUAUGGGUGGUCCUCCAAUGAUGCCGAUGAUGGGACCCCCUCCACCUGGCAUGAUGUCUGUUGGUCCAGACUCUAGAAAAGAACAGCUGAUCCGAAUUGGACCAGACUGUCGAAUCUUCCCGCGCUUCCAUAUGGAGUCAGGGAUGCGGCCUCCGAUGGGUGGGCCGAUGCAAAUGAUGCAAGGACCCCCCAUGAUGCGACCGCCCUCUCGACCCAUGAUGGUGCCCUCCAGACCCGGCAUGGCACGGCCUGACAGAUAAACACGCCAGAGUGGAACAUUCAAACACGUUGCAGUUGCCCUUCCCUCAUACACUGACUGUACCACUGGCUAGCUGCUGGUCCACAAAAUGAUAGCAGAUACUCAAUUACACUGGGUUAAAUCCAUCUUGGCAUAAAGGGUGCAGACAGCAAACCAGUUAAUCCCCUUCAGUAAAGAAUAACGAAUCUGCAGUGUGUCUUAAACACUCUCCUCACUGUUCAGCCAGUUACUCCAUAACAAAUGCAAGUCAUUUCAAUUGCAAGCCGAGUCAUGACAACUUGCAAGUAAUCUGGAAAUUUGGCUCUGCUACUAAGAGCUGCUAAUAUCUAGUGAUCAUUUUUUGUGUCUCCAACUAUUAUUAUUUUAAUUUAAAAGCCCACCAUGUACUUUCUGAAUCACAAGUGACUUCUGAUGCACAUAAUGGAGCUUAUUGUCUGCAAGCUAUUUUCAGAUGCCAAACAUGUGACUGAUGGUAUUCACCAACGAAUAAGCCAAAAGCACUCUUGCUGUCUGCAGUAUCCUGAGUGCAUAUUGGAGCACCAUGUUUAACCUUGGUUUGCAUGCAAUACAAAACUCUUGUGUAUACGUUUUGUAUGCUGUAGUAAAGCCAAACUCAACAUCUGUAGUCGUGUGAAACAAACAAAAAAAAAAUGUACUUGUAUUUUUGAGCAUCAUUUUACAAAUUUUACUGAGUCUUUUCUCCCUUAAAGAUACAUCUCCACACUGAUCAGUAGUGGAAGUCUGGGCAGUUUCUUAUGUGCUGUGUUGUAGUGUAUGGUGGGUUUUUUGGUUUAGUUGUUCUUACAGUUUGUAAAAACCAUCAGCUCAUGCUUGUUUAAAUCUGGGGUUUGUUCAUUUUAAUAGAACAUUUUUUAAAUGUAUGCUUUGUACUGUAAGUUGAUGUUGUGGAUUUUUGAAUAAAACAGAGUUCCAGGG